CAUUAUCAUUGUAUGGCCUAUGUAUUAAAUUUAAUUGUUGGAGGAGCAUUUAAAACAAAUGUAAUACCUCUACCUGUUAAAAAAUUACAUACUUUUAUUAAUAUGAUUGGAAAUUCUCCUAAACAAAUGGAUAAGCUAAAGGAAUAUUUUAGAAUUGAAGCAUUUUUUGAUCCAAGGUAUAAAAAAACAGCUUAUGGAAAUAUGUCUCGAGAAGAUAUACUUCAGCCAAUUAGAACAGCAAUGAUUAAUUAUGAAGAAUCAGACACCUCUUAUAUUUCUCAAAAUACUAUACAACCAGUUAUGAAUGAAUUAGAUAUUUACUUCGAUUAUAAUACUUCUGGCGAUGAAGUAACCCCAUUGGAAUGGUGGGAAUGGUGGAAAGUUCAUGCAACUGAGUAUCCAUUAUUGGCAAAGUUGCGAUGCAAAGAAUAA